CCCAAAACAACACAUCCACACUCCAAAAAUGAAGCUUUAUUUGUUCAUUGCCACAUUUCAACUAGGGCUUGCCAUUUCAUGCAUCGUCGUCGCUGCAGAGUCCUCCACCAUUUCUAAUGCCGGAACUUACCAGAGCAAGCAAUGGUGUGUGGUGGCACCGGGCGCAGGAGACCAGCAGAUGCAAGCUUUUUUGAACACCGCGUGUAGUCAGCUAGUCGACUGCAAAGAGAUAAGGCCAGGUGGUUCGUGCUAUCAACCGAACACAUUGCAGAAUCAUGCAUCAUACAUUCUUAACCUAAGCUAUCGUCGUAACGGCCAGUGUGACAAAGCCGUUGGCAUAUUUUCAGUCAAUGAUCCUUCAUUUGGCAAAUGUCAAUAUUCAUAAGCGAGCUCGAUGGAGUAGUUAAUGUACUCUGCAAAAAAGAACUUGUUUUUAUUUUUGCAAUGAUUUGGAAUUAAUUAAUAAGUGAAAUGAAGUUGA